GUUACAACUCAAAGACAUAUUAUUGUAGCAAGUUUGCAGACAAGCAUUAACUUGGCCAUGCCAUACAAAAAUCUGUUGAAGAAACAAAUACAACGUGGUAAGAAUAACUGUAGUUAUUUUAGUUUGUUCCAUAACUUUUAUUACUGGAAUUCCAAAUAUAGUCAAAUGUGUGGGUGGGAGUCAGCAAGGGUAUCCAGGUGCAUGGUGAUCGAUCGAAUGUGUGCAUAUCAUUAGACAAUGUUAAUCCUGCUGUGUGAGCUAGCUACUGAUGUAGUUUUAUUGUUAUCACCGUUGGAGUUGGGUGCUGAAGUUCCUGCUGCUGUUCGUAAUCAGUGCUGUGAUAUCCGAAGCAAGUGUAAGUUGAUACAUCAAUAUUUCGACUCGAAGACGCUGGUCUUCUUUCUUGUCUGAUGAUUGUUUGAUGAUUGGUUGUGAGGGCGGUGCAUUAUCUUGAUUGAUAUCCUUCUUUACAUGCAACCUACUCAACAGCUGUACACAUUCAGUCACGUGUUCUGUAAUUACCCAAUGAGAACGUUGCUGAUGGCGUUGUCGCCAAACUCCAGACUUGGAGUGUAGCAUACGUUUUCUGCUCUAGUUGUUAUUUAUCUAGGAGGUAAUUUUCGAGCCAAGUCUUGCUAACCUGAUAGAGAAGAGCCUAUAGUUUCUGCAACAUCAGCUGAAACUUCACACAAGUUUGUUCAUCAUGCUGUUAAUUGCAAUCUUGGUGUAUCAGAUUGCACAUCCAGUGUAUUCGUGGCACGACCUCGACAACAACCAAUACGACUGUUGGCGUCUAAAAGGAAAUUUGUCACCAUCGAACAACAUCCCAUGUGGCGGUCUUACAGUUACGUGGAAAUUGAAGCCGCCGAAGGAAUUUGAACAGGACAAGGAAUUUAACGUGAGCUACUUUGUAAACGCCACAAACGAGUUCUUUCAGUGGGCAGUGCAGGAACGUUACUUUAGUGAAGAGUUCAAAAAUGGCUCAGAGGCUGAGAGAUUCUGUCUAGAUACUUCAUGUCCUGGUGCUGCAAUAGCAAACGAAGAUAAUUGUUGUUUACACCAUAUUAAUGUUCACUCUUGUGCACGAGAGUUGAUUGAAUUUUGUGGUCCUUGGGUUCAACCAGAAGGAACUAUAGCAACACACACACCUGCUACUGCUGACAAACUGAGGCCAGAGACACCAAUCCAAACUACAGUUGCAUUGAAAUCUGUAGGACUCAACAGCAUCAUAGCCCAUAUCAAGAUUGGUAGAAUGCAAAUAGCCUUACAUGCAGAGACUUUGGUUAUACCUAGGAAAUAUUGUGGAGAUGGACUCUGUGAUUCAGACAGAGGAGAAAGUUGCAGCUCUUGUAAGAGUGAUUGUUGCCUUCUUUCUCCGGCAGAGUUAGGUGGUAUUAUUUUUGUUACAAUUGUUAUUAUCUUGGUUACUUCUCUGGCUGCAGUUUGGUACUUUUACAAACAGAAGAAAAUGCUAUGGGAUGACAGUUGGAUUGUGAACUACAGCGACAUAAAACCUGACAUAGAAAUGCGUGGAUUUAUGGGAAGUGCUGUAAGUCUGAUGCAACUAAAUGGGGUACAACAACAGCAUAGGCAAUUGUUCAGCCAGACGGGAAUAUAUGAUGGACAAACCGUGGCCAUCAAGAAGGUGUACAAACCAGACUUUAGUUUUACUUACAGUAUCCGAACUGAAGUCUUGGAAGUCAGACAACUAGAUCACAUUAAUUUGUGCAAGUUCAUUGGCUGCUCAGUUGAUGAUCCCCACUUGGCUAUAAUAUCUGAGUAUUGUGCAAAAGGCAGCUUGAAUGAUGUGCUCCUUAAUGACGACAUUCCUCUGAAUUGGGAUUUCCGAUUCUCAUUUGCAAAAGACAUUGUUAGAGGAAUGCUCUAUCUUCAUAGCAAGAGGAUAUUUCAUGGAAGACUCAAAUUGUCAAACUGUGUUGUUGAUGAUCGCUGGGUUGUGAAGAUCUCUGAUUAUGGUUUACCAAGUCUUCGUGAACAGGAUAACAGUGUCAAGGCUCAGUUGAACUAUGAUGCUUACCAGCCUCAACUUUGUUUGUCAUAUCUGUCUCCAGAAAUAUUGCGAGAAGGAGAACCUUAUGCUUCUUCUGGUUCUGGAGAUGUCUACAGUUUUGGAGUAAUCUUGACAGAAAUUGGUUCAAGAGAAGAAGUAAUUCCACCAGAAAAUGUGAAAUGGGAUGGUUCCUGGAGGCCAAAUCCUCCAGAUUUGGCUCGAUCUGAUGAAGGCGAGGAAAACUCAUGUCCUUGUCGUAAAGAUUACUUAAAUCUUAUUGGACAAUGCUUGGAUUGCAUGGCAGACAGACGACCAACUUUUGACCAAGUGAAAAAAUGUAUAGUAAGAAUGCAUCCAAUUCGAGAGAAUCCUGUUGACAACAUGAUGCGAAUGAUGGAAAAAUACUCUAAACAUUUGGAAAUGCUGGUUGCUGAAAGAACGCAAGGCUUGAUUCAAGAAAAGAAGCGGGCAGACCACCUGCUAUAUAGUAUGUUACCUGAAUCAGUUGCUCAUGAUUUGCAGCAGGGUAAAAGUUCAAAUGCAAAGGCAUAUGAUGCUGUAACCAUCUUCUUUAGCGAUGUGGUGGGAUUUACCAUGUUGUGUCGUGACAGUACCCCAAUGCAAGUGAUCAACUUUCUCAAUGAAUUAUAUACAUGCUUUGACAAAAUUGUUGACAUUUAUGAUGUUUACAAAGUGGAGACAAUUGGUGAUGCUUAUAUGGUUGUCAGUGGGCUACCAGUCCCCAAUGGACUAAAGCAUGCACAAGAAAUUGCUGGAAUGGCUCUGGACUUGUUGGAAACGAGUAAACAAUUCAAAAUUCCUCAUUGGCCCAGCAUGCAAUUUCAAAUUCGUGUUGGGAUGCACUCUGGCCCUGUUGUUGCUGGUGUGGUGGGUUUGAAAAUGCCUCGAUACUGUCUGUUUGGAGAUACUGUCAACACUGCAUCUAGAAUGGAAUCAACUGGCCUUCCUGAGAUGAUUCAAUUGAGUGAUUCUUGCUAUCAGUUCUUGCAACAGUCAGGUGGGGGUUUCUCAUUGCAAUGCAGAGGUGAAGUCAACAUAAAAGGAAAAGGUGUGAUGAAGACUUGGUGGUUGAUGGGAAGGGAUGUAGCAGUAUCUGAAGAAGAGAGUUUGACAGGGAGUCGUGCAAGUCACCACCAACUUACACAUGGGAUCUCUAGUAUUACAAUGAGCAGAAAGAUAUCUCUACCAGGUGCAGCGCACCAGGGCUAGUGCACCAUGCAGGGUUAGUGGUAUUAGAUUACCUAUAAAAGUAAAGCAGAUUUUAUAAGCAACAAAUUGACAUGAAUUAACUGUUUGUACAAAACAUAAUUUUGCAUGUGUAUAGCUAGUAGACAGUCUGAUGUAUGAAAACACAAAUUCAAUAUAACAUUAUUAGUACAUC